GAAGAAGACGCACACUGCAGCAAACACAUUUUAAGGAAAAGCUGCUCAUUUCCCCUUCACUGAUCAACUUGUUUCGUGAUUUUAAAGCUGUAAACCUUCAACCAGAGGAAACGUUUUUAAGGUGUACGUUGGUGGUGAUUUUAAUGCAGGAUGAGUUUGUUUGGAACGAACACCAGUUUUGGAACAGGAGGGACUGGAGUCUUUGGGAGCACAACUACAGACAGCCAUAACCCCAUGAAGGACGUGGAAGUGACGUCACCACCAGAUGACAGCAUUAGCUGUUUGGCCUUCAGUCCCCCAACCAUGCCGGGAAACUUCCUCAUUGCAGGGUCUUGGGCUAAUGAUGUCCGAUGUUGGGAGGUGCAGGACAAUGGACAGACUGUCCCCAAAGCCCAACAGAUGCACACAGGUCCAGUACUGGACGUUUGCUGGAGUGAUGAUGGGAGUAAAGUCUUCACUGCAUCUUGUGACAAGACAGCCAAGAUGUGGGAUCUGAACAGCAACCAAGCAAUGCAGAUUGCACAGCACGACGGUCCAAUUAAAGCGAUCCACUGGAUAAAAGCCCCCAACUACAGCUGUGUCAUGACAGGCAGCUGGGAUAAAACGCUUAAGUUUUGGGACACCCGCUCCCCCAAUCCUAUGAUGUCCCUGCAGAUGCCUGAGAGAUGCUACUGUGCAGACGUUGUGUACCCCAUGGCGGUGGUAGCCACAGCUGAAAGAGGCCUUAUAGUGUAUCAACUAGAGAACCAGCCCUCUGAGUUUCGCCGAAUAGACUCCCCUCUCAAACAUCAGCACCGUUGUGUCGCCAUAUUCAAGGACAAGCAGAACAAGCCGACAGGUUUUGCACUUGGAAGCAUUGAGGGCCGAGUGGCGAUUCAUUACAUCAACCCUCCAAACCCAACCAAAGAUAACUUCACCUUCAAGUGCCACAGGUCCAAUGGAACCAACACAACCACUCCACAGGACAUUUAUGCUGUGAACGCCAUCUCCUUCCAUCCUGUCCAUGGCACUCUGGCCACUGUGGGCUCAGACGGGCGCUUCAGCUUCUGGGACAAAGAUGCCCGCACCAAGUUGAAGACCUCAGAGCAGCUCGACCAGCCCAUCACAGCUUGCUGCUUCAACAACAACGGCAACAUCUUCGCCUACGCUUCCAGUUACGACUGGUCAAAGGGCCAUGAGUACUACAACCCCCAGAAGAAGAACUACAUCUUUCUGAGGAACGCUGCAGAGGAGCUGAAGCCUCGAAACAAGAAAUGAUUCAACAUACCAAGUCACAUCUGUGAAGAAAUGCAGACCUGCUGCUUUACUGUGUGUACGCUGGAGAUCGACCCCUCGCUUUGAACAAAUGCCUGGACCAACGCUGUGGCGCUGCGUACUGCACAUUGACCAA